UGAAAAAGUUGAGAGAAAAACUCGCGAUGGAAAAAUGGCGACGUAUUUGAAACCAACGUCAAAAUUGUUUGACCUUCCUUCGCGCGCGUCCGCGGAAUUGAAUCUUGCCGACUUGAUGUGCCCCGUGUGCAGGGGGAUCCUGAUCGAACCUGUGACCCUCCCCUGUGCCCACAGUCUCUGCUUGAGGUGCCUCAACGGGACGAUACAGCACAACAGCCUAAGCUGUCCUCUGUGCAGAGUGAGAGUAGGUUCCUGGCUAAGGACGGCCACCAAGUCGGAUACUCUCGUCAACGGUCAGCUAUGGAAGCUGAUCAAGGCCAGGUUCUCCAAGGAAAUACAGGCUAAGCACGAUGGCGUGGAAACUGACCUCGAUUCCGGAUUUGGGAGGACGAACAAAAUUCUGAGCGCAGCUGGUGAAAUUCGUCGGGAAUACGAGGCACAACUGCAACUUGCAGAAGAGGAAAGAAGGCGGCUACGAGAGGCGGAACGAAUUGCAAGCGAGGCGUUGAUUCGUAAGAUACAGGCAGAGGAGCGGCAUCAUAUCACACAGUUGGUCAAGGAUCGCGCAGUCGCUAAAGAUCUGGCCAAGAGACAUACUGGAGACAAAGUCAAGGUGAGAGAAAAACAUGCCGACGAGCGAGGAGCCGCAUGCGACAGAGAGACGCAAAUUGCCAAGACGGCUGCGGCUGAGUUGACCAAGUUGACAGAGCGAGUAGAAUGGAAUUCGAAUAUCGCUUUGAUCUCUAAACUGCGCGCAGAAAGAUAUGCCUCUGAUACAAAAUCAGGGGUUUCCAAUUCCUAUAAGUGCCCUGCAGAAAAGUUCCAAUCCCCAAAGUGCAACGAGCUCACGAGCCUUGCAAAUAAGUCAACCAAACACCAAGUCGCGACCAAGAUCAGGCCACUUCCCGCCCAGAGCUAUGCAUCCAAGCCUGGCUGCUCGACUUCCAAGAUCUAUGGCACUCAGAGCAAGGAGGAGCUCCAUGUGCCCAGCGAUGUCUUGAACAGGAAACCGAAAAGCCUAGGUGUUGAGGUCUGCUUGGGGACUGGUGAGGAUGACCAGCGCAUAGGGAGUGCAGAGAGCAGCUGCAGCCAUGACAGCAUAAACAUAGAGAUACACCAUUUCAAACCCAUUAAAGCAAUGCCGAGGACACCGCUGGGAGUGACGUCAGAUGGUUGCCCAAUCGACCCUAAGCUGAUCAGAGUUGUCGCCAUAUUGCAACAAGUACAAAAUGCCAUUCCUAAACCUCCAUUAGCAUCGAAGUUCAAGCAAUUGUCGACAUGCUCCUACAGUGCGUUCAAAGGAAAAACGAAGAAAGUGUUGAAACUGGAGCAGUGUCCAACGAUUAGCAGCGUUGUGAAAGAUGAACUGGAAAGCAGGCCAUCAACAUCACACUGUCCGAACCAGCCGCAGUCAAAUCCGAGCAAAUUAGCAAAAUCUCAGGUAUCAGAGACAGUCCGCAGGCUGGAUUUGUCCUCAGAGAUUCCGUACGACGGUAACAAAAAUUACGCAAAAAACAUAAACAGGAUAAUAAACGGUACUAAGGUGAGCAAGAAGUUGAUCCUCGACGAGGAUGUGGCAGUUUCAACGGCACAUCAAAAGUACGACAGUCCAGCAAAGUUCAAACGAAGGAAACGUUGCUCCUCCAGCAAUGACAGGGAGGAAACGAACACGGACCAAAAAACAAACAACUCUGGAGACGAGGCGUCAAGUUCAAAUUCCUCCCGUAACAAUUCUUGGUCUCUCCCGCCGGACGGCCCCAACGACGCCGUCGAAAAUAUUGCCGAGAGGAUAAAAAAACGGAAGAUGUCCCGCGGCGUUAAGAGUAAACUGCAAAACGCGGAAUCUCCUGAGAAGCAACGUUGCACGGCUGCCGAGAAAAAGAGUGCAACCGUACGAAAACCGCUCACAGAGACGACUAGGUCAGCUGCAAAGCAAACGACCAACGCGAGGCUUGGUGGCCAGCUGAAGAAAGCUAGGUGUACCAGGUCCGAGGACGAGGACACCGAGUCGCAGGUUGAUUCGGAGUCUGUGGUUGAGACGGUUGCGAUCUACGGCAGCAGAAAGUCGACAAGAACCUCGACCAGAAGCGGCGGAGAGUUGAAAGGCGAAAAAACUACGACGACGAAAUCCCACCAAGCGUCUGAAAUGCAAUGUUCAGACCUAGAAGAAGAAGCGGAGGAAGAAGAGGAUGAAGAUGAAGAGGUACGAGAGCAGCGGCGGAUAGAGAGGCUGCUUCUGCAGGAGAAGAAGGACUUUGAGCUCGCCCAAAGACUGCAGGCAAAGUUCGACGAGAUGGAGAGGAUUUCUGGGCGCACGCGAGGCUCUCGGCGUAGUCGGUUCAACUCGAGGAACAUAGAGCAGGUCCUCGCAGUUGACGGCGUUGGCAUCAGGGAUAGAUUUAGCAAGCAGCUGCGCAUCCAGGGGAAGGAUACUUCCGUGUUGGAAAACGACAAGCGCCGUGUGACUCGAAGACGAUGUGGUCUACGACGAAGAUCACCGUGAGUGACGUUCACUGGCAACUUGACGAGCGGAUUGAUUGGCAGGGGAGACGAGAGACCGCGGUGUACAUACUUCGUCUAAUUCCUUGACAUGUACAUACAUACGCACACAGAUGUAUCGUUAGUGCACCAACAACGGCGAGGAUUCAUUUUUAUCGUGUUAUAUAGAUUAUUACCGUACGCAUGUUAGUUGACUAUACGAGGUAAAAGAUUAAAAAUUUUAUGGAAGGAAAUCAUCCGGUUUGCUGGUGGUAUAGCAAAAAAAAAAAAAUGGGUACGUGAUAUCAAUCUGAAAAUUACAAG